GCGCUGGCUUUUUUUUUUUUUUUUUAUAAAAAAAGAUAACCCCUGAUUUUAGGUGGGUAGAGAAUAUUCCGCUAAAUACUACCCGCGCAAUAAUAAAAAAUAUAUUUUUGACGGUCCAAUGGACCCCACCUAAUAAUACGUCAUCAAUUGCCACCUCAUCACCGAUUUUUAAGGUUCAAUUUUUCUCAAAAAAUUGAAAUUCCCAAACCAAAAUUUACUUUUCCCACCCAAAAGGUACAAACAGUUCCAUCAACAGCCUUUAUCUAUCCCCACGUGUACGUAACGUAAAAUCUAGGCCGUUCAUGGCAGGUAGGCAAGGUUAGUACGCCGGGCAGCAUAGGAUAUAAAUCUCAACCCUAUGAUUUCCAAUCAAGGGCUCGUAAACUGCCCGAAACAGAAAUCGGGCAGAUCUUUUUGCCUUUAAGUAGAGAUUUUGGCCUUUCAUAAAUUUCAUCAUUCAGGAUAAAGAGGGUCUUCGAAACCCUCGUCUUCCCUUUUUCUUCUUCUCCAUUUUAUUCCGGUGAAGAAAUCUCCUCUUUCUCCCGGCGGCAAUUGAAUUUUCCGGCAAUACAGUUAUGAUCUCCCGCCAUUUUUUCGCCGGAGAUUAAUUGUCGGAGUUCUUAUUAAGCUCUUUCUAACUACCUAAACCUUCUAUGGCCUCGGCUGUUUUAGCCGGCGUAAAUGAACCGCACUGGGAUGAGCGAAAUGCGUAUAUGAGGAAGUAUACAACUAGUAAUCCUACUGCUCAUUCUCAGCUUCACAGUCGAUUCAACCCUAACCCUAACCCUAGCCCCAAUUUUAGUUUUAGUAGACAAGUACAAAAUGGUCCAGCCGCGUCUCAUCGCCGGCAAGUCAAUGAGCAACUGCCAAGGGCUGUUCCGUCUCCGCCGGCGCCAAUGGCUAACAACAAUGCAGUUGUUGAUCGAAACGAUUCAUUUCACAGAGAGUAUGUUACUUUUAAUUUGGCUUCGUAUUCGAGAAGCGAGUUGAAGGACCUUAAGAAGCGGUUAAUCUCUGAUCUAGGUCGGGUUCGGGGCCUCCUAAGCAGGAUAGAAGCGCAAGAUUUCGUGUCUGGGGCGUCUUUUCAUGCCAGGGAAGUUAUACAGCCACCAGCAGCACCACAGCUUCAGCAGAUUCAGCCGGCAUUGCCCUCCAAACCUGAAUUAGUUGGUAGAAAGAACAAGAAGCUCACUGGACAAAAGAGACCAAGAGCAAUGGCCACAAGGAAAGAUACUAAGCGGCCAGUAGUGGAAGGGGAUAAGUUUUUUGUAAGUAUGAUGAGGAGUUGUCGGCAGAUAUUGAUAAAACUAAUGAGUAAAAAGGAUAGCUAUUGGUUUAAUUCACCAGUGGAUGUUAAGGGUAUGAAUCUUUAUGAUUAUUUUGAUAUCAUCAAGCACCCUAUGGAUCUUGGAACUGUGAAAUCAAGGUUGGACAAGAAAGAGUACAGAACGCCACAAGAUUUUGCAGCUGACGUGAGACUUACAUUCAACAAUGCCAUGACUUAUAACCUGAAAGGCCAGCGUGUGCAUACUUUGGCUGAGGAGUGUCUUGGUCUCUUUGAAAAGUUGUUCAAUCCAGCUUAUGAGAAGUAUGAAGACGAGCACCGUAAAGUUGCCGCUAUUAUGCAGGUGAAACCCCAGAAGAAUCUGCCUCAGCCUGCACUAAUUCCGCCACCAAAUGCCUUACAUCAACAGUUGCCGGUUGCUAGAAAAUCAGACUCUGUGAGGUUGCAAUCCACAUUGUUGAAUCAACACCAAUUUCAGGUCCCUGUUGCACCUAUUUUUGCAACCCCAACCCCUGCUUUAAAAUCUCCUCCACAUCCUGUCAUUACAACGCCUAGUUCAGCUAAAUUGCCCAAGCCCAAGGCUAAGGAUCCAAACAAAAGGCAAAUGACCUUUGAGGAAAAGGUGAAGUUAGGGGCUGACUUGCAGGAUCUUCCCCUAGUGAAGUUGGAUCAUGCUUUGCAAAUUGUAAAGAAGAAGACCCCUAAUCUUACACAGGAUGGGAAUGAGAUUGAGCUUGACUUUGAGCUCAUUGACAAUGAAACGAUGUGGGAACUGGAGAGGUUUGUAGGUUACCACAAGAAGGCUAUGAGCAAGAUGAGGAGACAAGGUGUCACUGAAGAUGCUGCUGUUGUACAGCUCAACAAGAAGUCUCCUGAGAAGGCACCAACUCCAGAACCUGCAAUGCCUAAAAACAAGAAAGUGGAUGUUGUGGAGGAGGAUGUUGAUAUUGGUGAGGAAAUCCCAGGUGAAAGCUUUCCUCCUGUGCAGAUUGACAAGGAUGUCCCAUGUGAGAGUGGUGGGUCAAGCAGUUCUAGUGGAGGAUCAAGUUCUGGCAGUGAUUCUUCUUCCAGUGAUUCAGAUUCAGGAAGUUCUUCUGGGAGUGAUUCUGAUGAGGAGGAUAGUGUACAGUCACCUUUUGUUGAAGCAGCUAAAGAAGCUCCUACAACCUAAGCCAUUAAUAUAUUUGAGAAGUAGAUAUUGGUGUCUCGGGAAUCAAGAUCAACUGAAUAAUGCUAUGGUGCUUCUAUUUGUAUUUUCUCUGGCUGGUUUUUGUGAAUCUUUUUUAGCAGCUCAGUAGAUAAUCAUGGCUUUUGGAAGUCUGAUUAGUUCAAGAUUAGGAAAAGGAGAGGUUUUAGCUAACUACAGAGUAGUAGUGAUAUAGGUAGGUGGGGGAUGUUAAAAAUGGGGACUGACAACAAUCAUUUGGGUUUAUUUUUUGCUUGUAUACAGAAAAACACCUGCUGAUUCAGUGUUUAGGAGGAUAGAAGUAACUUGUACAGUGCAGUGCAGACUGAGUUUGCGGAACAAAGUUGUAGUCUCUAUUAACCCCAACAAGAAAUCUAGUUUGGUUCUUCUAUUUCAA